UUCACCUGUUUCUGUUGCCGAGCUAUCCACAUUGAGAUGCUGGAUGAUAUGUCCACGGACUCCUUUAUUAAUAGUCUGCGAUGUUUCAUUGCCAUCAGAGGAGCGGUUCGUCAGAUAAAGUGUGACCAAGGAAGUAACUUUAUUGGAGCCAAGAACGAGUUUGCAAAGGCUUUAAGUGAGAUUGACAACAACCGUCUUGUGACAUUCUUAGCAGAAAAGCAGUGUGACUUUAUCUUCAACGCACCUCAUGCAAGUCACACAGGAGGAGUUUGGGAGAGACAGAUUAGGACAGUAAGGAGCGUUCUUCAUUCCACCCUGUCCUUAUCUUCUGGAAGAUUGGAUGAUUCCUGUCUACGGACCUUCUUCUACGAAGCUAUGGCAAUUGUCAAUAGUCGACCACUGACAGUAGACAAUCUAAAUGAUCCUAAAAGUCCUGAACCCCUAACCCCAAACCAUCUGCUCACUUUAAAAAGUGCCCAAGCUUUACCACCCCCUGGAAAAUUUGUCAGAGAAGACGUGUAUGCUCGCAAGAGAUGGCGCCAUGUCCAGUACUUAGCGGAACAGUUCUGGAGUCGUUGGAGAAAGGAGUACUUGUCUAACAUCGCAAUCAGACAAUGCUGGCUAACCCCCAAGAGGAACAUACAAGUUGGAGAUAUAGUGCUGGAGAAAGCAGAAGACUUGCCUAGAAAUGAGUGGCGUAUGGCAGAAGUCAUUGAGACUGUGGUUGACAAGGAUAAUCUAGUGAGAAGAGUAAAAAUACGUUUUGGAGACAGAAAGCUGGGAAAGGAUGGUAAACGUCUGAGCAAACCAUCAGUAGUCGAGCGCCCAGUGCAGAAGUUGGUCCUGCUGCUAGAGGCAGCUUAACAACGUCAUGUAUCCUUUAAGCUUAGCAGUUCAUAAUACAUGAUUAUUUCUUUUGUUUUACUCUCAUCUAGGCUAAGUAAUAGUUAAUUCAUUUUAAAAAUCAUUCGUGAUCUAAGUUUGAGAUUAUAGUCACUCGUGAUUUUGGUGGGAGUGUAAAUAACCCAGUUAUUUAGUUUUUAGAUUUUCUCUACAUGCACUAUACUGGGCAUAAGUUUAAGUUUUCUAAAUAUUAGUUGUGUUUAUUCUGGUUUAAAAAAUGUUUUAUUGUCAUGCAAAGUUAUUAAGCCUAUAGAGACUUUUAUUUUGAAAUGGCGGAUAGACAGAUUGCCGCGAAGAUCGAGCAUGCGCGGAAAUCGGUCACAUGUGGAGAUCGCUCGUGCACGGAGAGAAGGAGCAACACGGUCACGGAGUCAAAACAAUUAAAUAUAAAGUUAUAGCAGAUAAAAAGUAAUUUAGAGUAAUUAUAGUUGCCUGAUUAAUGUAGCACACAGUUUAUUUUGGUUUAUUUUUGGAUAUUUUUGUGUUUUUGGCCUUCUUUUAUUUUAGUACCUGGUUGAAAGAGGCACAAAGCACAGCGACAUAAAUAUGACCAACCAGAUCCCAAGUAGACAGGAACAAAUGAAGAUAUAGUGCAUAGAAAGACUUAUUCUUGGUGAUCAACUGCUAUUGACAUUUUUGAAUCGGGGCAAAUGUGGAGUGAAGAAAAACGUUUGCAACACAUCCAUUCCAGAGUGCUCUGACAGAUAAAACUGACACGCUUGAUGAGGACACAGUCAAGCUUUAAAAGCCCGUGUGAUAAAGCAGUCUUCAAUUACUACGGUGUCUGAAUUGCAAGAAGAAGUCACCCUCCACUUAAACAUGUGACAUCUAAACUGUUUUGUGUUUUAGUUCAGCUUUUUAUAGGUUUAUCUUAAGUUGGUUAAAGGCAGAGUGCACUAUUUUUGAAAGCCAAUGUUAACAUUUGAAAUUACCUAAACAAACAUGCCUCUACCCCAAUAGAAUCUGGACCUUCUUUUGAUAGAGCCACCACACACAUACGCAACCCCGGCAAGGAUGUCAGUUAGUAGACACGCCCCUUACUGCUGGUUGGCUACAAGUGUGCUUUGGUAGUCGGCCCAAUUUCCUUUUCCAAAGCGUUUUUCAAACAUUGUGCACUCCGUCUUUAAAUUGCACUUAAACAUUUUUUUUUCAUUAACUUUUUAUGCAGAGAAUUACAUUAUGAUUAUUAUAUAAUCAUUGCUUAUGAAUAUUUAGUGAUUGCAUAUUCAUAGUGU